CUGAUCUCUUUCAGGUUUUUCUGUCCACCUCCAUGCAUAUAUCUGCUCGGCGAGGGAUGGAAGGAAAAACGAAACCGAGUAGAAGCCCUAUAUAAGUCGUUCAAAGAACACCAAAAGCGGAUGGGAGUUGCUCCAGAAUUAGGUCCAGAACAUGAAAGGAUCUCUGAACAACAAGCCAGCGAACUGUGUGCUUUCAUUGGAAUAGGAGCACCUUCUGAUCAAGAAAGGCAGCAACUCGAUUUUUCCAAUGGCAAGGAUUAUUGUGCUGCAAAAACACUCUACAUUAGUGACUCGGAUAAGAGAAAGUACUUCGAGUUAUCCAUUCAGUUCUUUUAUGGCUGUGGAGUUGAAAUUGGACUCUUCCUUUCGCAAAGAAUCAAAGUUAUCAGCAAGCCGUCAAAGAAGAAGCAAAGCAUGAAGAAUACCGAUUGUAAAUAUCUAUGCAUUGCUUCGGGCACUAAGGUGGCAUUGUUCAACAGACUUCGCUCCCAAACAGUAAGCACACGCUACCUUCAUGUGGAUAACGGCGCCUUCCAUGCAAGCUCUACGAAAUGGGGAGCUUUCACAAUACAUUUAUUCGAUGAUGAGCCUACAGCCCCUGAGUCUGAGAACUUCACUGUCAAAGAUGGUUUUGUUUAUUAUGGAUCGGUCGUAAAGUUGGUCGAUAGCGUCACAGGCAUAGCAUUGCCUCGUUUGAAGAUAAGAAAAGUUGACAAGCAACAUGUUAUCCUUGACGCAACCACAAAUGAAGAACCAGUGUCUCAAUUGCACAAAUGCGCAUUUCAAAUGAUUGACAAUGAGACCGUGUACCUAUGUCUUAGCCAUGACAAAAUUAUCCAACAUCAAGUG